GUUUAUCUCUGUUCACCUUCUCUCCCACCUAAGUGCAUGCCACCACCCCAUGGAAGAUUUGAUGGACAUGAACAUGAGCCCCCUGAGGCCCCAGAACUAUCUUUUCAGUUGUGAACAAAAGGCCAACAAAGAUUAUCACUUUAAGGUGGAUAAUGAUGAAAAUGAGCACCAGUUAUCUUUAAGAACAGUCAGUUCAGGAACUGGUGCAAAGGAUAAAUUGCAUAUUGUUGAAGCAGAGGCAAUGAAUUAUGAAGGCAGUCCAAUUAAAGCAACACUGGCAACUUUGAAAAUGUCUGUACAGCCAAUGGUUUCCCCUGGGGGCCUUGAAAUAACACCACCAGUGAUCUUACGGUUGGAGUGUGCUUCAGGGCCAGUGCAUAUUAGUGGACAGCACUUAGUAGCUGCGGAGGAAGAUGCAGAGUUAGAAGAUGAAGAGGAGGAGGAUGUGAAACUCUUAAGUUUAUCUGGAAAGCGAUCUGCCCCAGGAGGUGGUAGAAAGAUUCCACAGAAAAAAGUACAACUUGCUGCUGAUGAAGAUGAUGAUGAUGAAAAUGACGAUGAUGAUGGUUUUGAUGAUGAGGAAACUGAAGAAAAAGUGCCAGUGAGGAAAUCUAUACGAGAUACUCCAGCCAAAAAUGCACAAAAGACAAAUCAGAAUGGAAAAGACUGAAAACCAUCAACACCAAGAUCAAAAGGACAAGAAUCUUUCAGAAAACAGGAAAAAACUCCUA